CUACUGACUGAACUGAAUGUCAUUCAAAAUGGCGUGCAACCCGAUGGAUGUAGCGGUUGUGAAGGGGCAGGAGUUUCAUGUCGGGCCGCGGUAUUUAGAGCUCCAGUAUAUUGGAGAGGGAGCUUAUGGAAUGGUCGCAUCGGCCAUUGAUAUGGCAUCCGAUAAAAAGGAGCGUGUUGCUAUCAAGAAGAUCUCACCGUUCGAGCACCAAACAUAUUGUCAGCGAACCUUGAGAGAAAUAAAGAUUCUUACUAGAUUUAAGCAUGAAAAUAUAAUCAACAUUCAAAACAUACUACACCAGGAGAAUUUAGAUUCUAUGAAAGAUGUAUACAUUGUACAGUGUUUGAUGGAGACAGACAUGUACAAACUGUUAAAGACACAGAAACUCAGUAAUGACCAUAUCUGCUAUUUCCUCUACCAAAUUCUCCGCGGGCUCAAGUACAUCCACUCCGCUAAUGUACUUCACCGAGAUCUCAAACCUAGUAAUCUGCUCCUCAACACCACCUGUGAUCUUAAGAUUUGUGAUUUUGGAUUGGCGAGAGUUGCAGACCCAGAACAUGACCACACAGGAUUCCUUACUGAAUAUGUGGCCACUAGAUGGUAUAGAGCUCCAGAAAUAAUGCUUAAUUCCAAAGGUUAUACCAAGUCUAUUGAUGUGUGGUCAGUGGGAUGUAUACUUGCAGAGAUGUUGGUGAACAAGCCACUAUUUCCCGGGAAGCACUAUCUUGACCAACUUAACCACAUACUGAGUGUAUUGGGUUCCCCAGGAGAAGAUGACCUCAGUUGUAUUAUCAAUGAUAAGGCCCGAGGCUAUAUACAGUCACUGCCUCACAAGCCAAAGAUGCCCUGGAGGCGACUGUUCCAAAGCGCAGAUGCCAAAGCUGUUGAUCUCCUUGAGAAGAUGUUAACUUUCAACCCCCACAAGAGAAUCACUGUUGAACAGGCACUGGAGCACCCGUAUCUAGAACAGUACUAUGACCCUGCUGAUGAGCCUGUUGCUGAGGAGCCUUUCACCUUUGAAAUGGAACUUGAUGAUCUCCCUAAAGAAAGACUGAAGGAAUUGAUAUUCCAGGAAACUCUACUUCUUGAACAGAAACACCAAGUAAAGGAAUAAAGGUAUAGAAGUGGAUGACAGAUCAUAUCAUCACCUGCUUGGUUUCCAUUUAUUGUCUGUGUACAACCAUAUAUAUAAAAGACUUUUUACUCAUUUCUCAUAGACAAUUCGUGGUGUAUCAUUAUCGUUGUAGUAAAUACAACCCAUAUCAAUUCAGGUCGACUGUGACCUUGACCAGGCCUGCCUUAGUGAGGGCAUUCCUUAGUAUGGCCUGUUACUGCAGUGUGUAUACACUGUAACCUUGACGAUAUAGUUGCUGGGGUAACUAACCAGCAUAGUUACGGUACUUAGUUACACCAAGUUUACUGUCCAGUUGUAGAUAAAGACCAAUGAUGACAAUCUUCCAAGGUAAAGAGAAUUUCUUCCUUAUUUUGUUGGAUUUGUUCAGUUACGAUACAAUAUGGUAGGUCUGCCCAGACGGAUUCCAUUACAGUAAGAGAGCUCCAGUAUUGGAGAGACAUGUGGCCGUUAUUAAAAGUGCUAACUAAUUUGAAUCCAUACUACAUAUAUAUACAGGGCUACAUUUUCAACAGAAUGUCUUCUGAAACAAAGUUGGGACAGUUUCAGAGUCUGACAAUAAUAGGCUGAUCAGCAUCUAAAUUAUUGUCUCUUUUUUCAUGACUAAUAAAUCAGUGGUUUCUCAUCAACUGUGUAUAUAUUAAAUUAAUAAUACAGAUAUAUGGAGUUCUGUAUGAAGUGUUACCACCUGUACUCUGAUAUAAGGUUAUCUGGGGAUACCAGUUUGAUCUUGGUUUUUGUUUCUGUGUUAUACAAGGUUUAAUCUUGUAAAACGUGUUGAUACUGCUGUUGAAACUAUCAUACCUGAAAGCAUAAUGCCAGUAUUCACCAUGUCAUCAUUAUCCACAACCUACAAAACACCAUUUACGUCUUACUCAAGGGAAGUAACUCCAGCAGACACUUAAUCAUUAGGAUUUCUUCUCAUGUCUCGGUGAUUCUGGAAGCGGAGAUAGCAAUUUUUCUUUCUCGAUGAUUCUGGAAAUGGAGGAGCAUGAUAGAUAGGACCUUCAUAUUUGUUAAUGUAAUGCUAGACAGUUCUCCUCAAAUGUGUAAUGCUUUAAGUUGAUUAUUCUACAUGACACUUCUAACACUGUUAAGAUUCUCACAUAAUUUUUUACUCUUUAGUCAUAUAUAUUAUAGGGCAAAAUAACUUCAUGCAUCAUAAAAUCAUGACAUCUCUUUAAUGUGACUAGUUUCUCUACAAUAUUGAUUUAAAUCUUUAUAAACAUUCUAAUUCCACUACUUAAUUCCAUAUCUCGCUUUGUAAAGGUGGGGAUAAACUGUGGUACUGUUGACGACGAUUUCUGUUGAAUGAUGCUGUUACAUAGAAGUAUAUUUUAAAUUAACAGUUGAUUGUUUUGUGCUUUCUAUGCUACCUUUGAUAGUAACUACUGGAUUGUUGCGUACCAGCUACCUUUGAUAGUAACUACUGGAUUGUUGUGUACCAGCUACCUUUGAUAGUAACUACUGGAUUGUUGUGUACCAGCUACCUUUGUUAAAGUUGUAUAUAUUGUAAUGCAAAGUAAGUUGCCUCCCUUGAAUAACAGGUCCUUCACUUUAGACUAUUUGAUUGAACAUAACAGGGUCGGGUUUGAUGAAGUUCCAUAUAAAUAUAACUGUACAUCAAUUUACACAGCAGUAAUUUCUUCACAGUAGCACUAUUUAAAACAGCAGAAAUUGUUACUCGGUGACGUAACAAUACAGUAAAAAUUGUUACUCGGUGACGUAACAAUACAGUAAAAAUUGUUACUCGGUGACGUAACAAUACAGUAAAAAUUGUUACUCGGUGACGUAACAAUACAGCAAUGCUUGUUCUUUAUAGUGAUGAUAAACAUCAGGUUACAGUGUAUAUUUUACAGUUUUUCAGCUCUUUGGUGUUAGUAACAGUUUGUGGCGUCGUGGUAAGUAAUCCUGUUGUCAGGAGCGUCUACAGAUAAAAACAGAUUAUACUGUUUGCUUUAUAUAAUGGUAUUAACUAAUUGUGCUAAUUUUGUUAUCAAUUAAUUAUACACUGUUUAUUAUUGUAUUUUUAAUACCAAGUGCUUACUUUGUACAUAAAUCCACUAUAGAUUGUUACCCUAUUAUUGAUCAGGGCCUGUAGUCAUGAGAUAUGGUCAAGUUACAAACAGAUUCUGUGCUCAAACCUGUUUUUGUUUGUUGGGUUUAUCACCUGUGAAUGACCAGGGUCAUUUUGAGACGGUCUCCUUGUCGUAGUUGAUGGCUACCUCACUGAAAAACAACCUAGUCUUUGUUCUGCUGAUAUAGCAUAAAAAAAAUCUCUAACUUAAUAACUUUGGCUUAGUGACCUUUCAUGGGUGUUUUCUUAACUUUUUUAAAAGUGACAUGUACAGAAUGGAAUGGCUAAAUGGAAUUUGACCAUAUUUGAUCGGGAGCAUUAAUACACUUAAAGGGACUCAAUUAUGGAUGAAGAGAUUUUGACCAAAUAUGGUCAAGAGCAAUGAAUGAAGUAAAAUAACUUGUAUAAAUGAAGUCAAAGCCAAUUACAGGUUAGAUUUUGAGUGUUUUUCAACCAAAUUUGUUAUAAAUCAGCUUUGGAUUCAGAAGAUCAAAUAAUACAGGAAAUGAUUUUUCCCUCCUGGUGCUGGGAGGCAGAAACAGAUAUGUCACUUUGAAUGACAAUGUUUUAUCAUGACUUCUGGAAAAUAUAAAAUGGUAAGCAAUAUAGAACCUUGUUAUUUAGUGAAUUGGAGAUGCAAGCAAUGACUUCUACAUCUAUCUAACAUUUUGGCUGUGUCCCAUGGUUUCAGCACAGAAGUAAAGUUUGAGCAUGAGAAUACCUUCAUGAUUUCAGGUCCAGACCUUGUCUUCGACAGAUUAUGUGAUCUCGUUAGAAUAAAAUCUCAUUUGUAGUAUGCCCAUAUAUGGUCAUAUUAUCUACAAUAUUAUCAUUAGUAUGAUCUUAUUAGUAACAUGGCCAUAUAUGGAUACUUCAUAAGCUACAUAACCAUAUAUGGACAAUAAUUCCAAGCUGACUAUAAAAGGACAACCUAUAUGACACUGGGUUGUCUGGUCACUGAUGAUGCCCUUAUAUGGACAUAAUUCCUUGUGGUAUGGAUUAUAAGAGAUAAUUAAGACAAAUGGAAGGUUUAGCCUAUGUCGUGUGGCAUAAUAUUACCUUUUGAAGAGGUUUUCUAUUUACAAUAUUUUACAUAAUAAACACAACCCUGGUUAUUUCUUGGAAAGAGGAUGGGUGUACAUGUACUUAAAACAUAGGAAAUAUUACUUACUUAAUGGUCUACUACUUUCACCAUACUUCCAGAGAAAACAUUGUCCUUGUAAGUUUUGGUAAAUACACCCUUCUUGUGUUUUUGUAGAAACACACACACACAAAAGAUGUUGUGUUUAUUAGGUUAAAUAUGGUAGUCUGAAGUAAUUACAUCUUUGUCUGAAGUAGCUACAUCAUUUUCUGAAGUAAUUACAUCAUUGUCUGAAGUUAUUACAUCAUUGUCUGAAGUUAUUACAUCAUUGUCUGAAAUAACUACAUCUUUGUCUGAAGUAAUUACAUCAUUGUCUGAAGUAAUUACAUCUUUGUCUGAAGUUAUUACAUCUUUCAAGUAAUUACAUCAUUGUCUGAAGUAAUUACAUCAUUGUCUGAAGUAAUUACAUCUUUGUCUGAAGUUAUUACAUCUUUCAAGUAAUUACAUCAUUGUCUGAAGUAAUUACAUCAUUGUCUGAAGUAAUUACAUCAUUGUCUGAAGUAAUAACAUCAUUGUCUGAAGUAAUUACAUCAUUGUCUGAAGUAAUUACAUCAUUGUCUGAAGUAAUUACAUCAUUGUCUGAAGUAAUUACAUCAUUGUCUGAAGUUAUUAAUCAUUGUUUUGAAGUAAUUACAUCAUUGUCUAAAGUAAUAACAUCAUUGUCUGAAGUAAUUACAUCAUUGUCUGAAGUAAUAACAUCAUUGUCUGAAGUAAUAACAUCAUAGUCUGAAGUAAUUACAUCAUUGUCUGAAGUAAUUACAUCAUUAUUGUCUGAAGUAAUUACAUCAUUGUCUGAAGUAAUAACAUCUUUGUCUGAAGUAAUUACAUCAUUGUCUGAAGUUAUUAAUCAUUGUUUUGAAGUAAUUACAUCUUUGUCUGAAGUUAUUACAUCUUUCAAGUAAUUACAUCUUUGUCUGAAGUAAUUACAUCAUUGUCUGAAGUAACUUCAUCUUUGUCUGAAGUAAUUACAUCAUUGUCUGAAGUAAUUACAUCAUUGUCUGAAGUAAUUACAUCUUUGAAGUAACUACAUAUUGUCUGAAGUAAUUACAUCAUUUUGCACAAUUACUUUUAAAAGGAUUUAAUACAUGUAUUUUAUUAAGAUAAGCCAGAUUCUGAAGAUAUUAAAUAUUUACUGGUACAUUCUAUAACGUAAUUAGAGAAUAAAUUGCUUGUUAUGUAUUGUAUAUAGGGUGUACUGGUAUCAAAUAUGUUUAUUAGAAAGACUUGUUUUGAUGACAAUUGGAAAAGGUUGGAAGAGUUUGAGGAUAGCAUGGUAAAUAUAUUUCUUGUUUUCUUUGUUGUUGAAAAAAAAUGAUAGAGAAAAAAUGUACAUAACGCACAAAAAGUAUAGUGCUGUGAAUCUUUGUUGAAAUAUAGUGCUAAAUAUAUAUGUUAAAAUUUCUUUGUUAAAUGCAAUCCAAAAUCGACUUAAACUGGCACCAACAUGUAAUGUUAGACAUCAAGUUUAAAACAUUUUUGCUAUACUUUCCUAAAUUAUUCAACAAGUCUGUAAUUUAAUGUCUUGAACUUAUAGAACUAGAUAUAUAUUCAAUGAAGUGAUAUUUAAGGGGUGUACAUGCAGUUACAGGCAUUAUUUACAUGAAAUUACUUGAUUUUGAACAUGGAUUUGAAUUGUAUAUGGUAUGGGGCUUUGGAUUAUAUUGACCAUCUUUCAUAUCAACACUUAUUUUUUUUGAGAAAAUGAUAUGAAAAAUAACAAAACAAAAUUGUGAUAUAUUUGAUUUGUUUAGACUAUUAUUUUGCUCAAUCCAUCUAAAGAAUACAGCCAGCUCUCCUGAUUAAAAGGAGCAAGUGAACAUAUGACAAGUUAUGGCAUCAGAUUAACUUAAUAAAUCUUGCAUGGUGAAGAUAUAUUAACCUAGUGGUAUUUAUAAGCAUAGAGCAUCCCUGGGCCAUGAAAAUCUGAUGUAUGAAUUGCGUUUCACCUGGGGUCAGGUUGAGGUAAAGGGGUUGGCUAAAAAGGGAAAUCUUUUAAAACAACACUCCUUUGAAAUUUGGUAUGACGCAUCCUUUGGCCCAAGAGGCCACCCAUGGCAUAAAAGGGUGCAACUCAUUGAGAAAAGUGUGUCAGAAUGGACAAUUUUGUUUAAAUGCUCUUUGAUUGAUAAAGCAAUUGAUGUCAAUAGAACAAGAAGGUGCAACUUACCUCGUGUUAUUUUGGGGAUUAUUAGAUAUCCAGGGAGUCUGAUAUAAUUGUUCCUCUUUCAAACCAAUUCAGGACGAUUCGGGUCUUGGGUUUGCUAGGACAUUUUCAUCUUGUUAACUUACUCUCAAUUUGGUAUGGAGCUCAUAGCUUUCAACAGGAUUGUAUUAUACUCUCAUGGUGUUAUUAAUUAUUUGAUACCAAACCUAAAAUGUCAUCUGAUUUAUCUAAUCAUAUUUAUUAAUUGUCAUUUUCACCAGAAUAUGGCCUUGACUUAUCUCUUAUCAAGCAUUAUUUGAAUUUAUGGUCAAUAAUAAAUCUAGAUUAUCUCAAGUCUGUGGAAGUGUUUUGACAUCUAUCUAGUUCUGAUAACAAGAGAAACAGGUAAACUGGCCCUUGGAGUGCCCGGUAAUGUCACAGUAUCAGGUUUGAUCUUUCGAUCGAUUAGCCAAAAACCUAUAGAAUAUUCACCAGGUUAUGUAGAAAGAAAGCCAAAAUUAGGCAACAAAGCUGUGAUGUUGGAAGGCAGUCUCUGCAUUUUUGUAUUAUUUACCUUGAUCAAUGAAUAAUUAUCUUCCCUUGUUUAUACUAUUUUCUUUUUGUGCAUUUACAAAUUACAGAGAUCUUUGAUUAAAUAUCUAUAUAAAUAUAUAUCUAUAUAUAUGUUACAUGUAGUGCGUACAGAAAACGCUCCUAUUGAUCAUGUGACCAGGAAGCGUGAGGUGAAAGUGUUCAUGUUUCGGGAGAAUGAUGAGUAUGGAUGCUUGGCCAUUGUACCAUUUGUGGUUAUGUUGUCUUUAUAUUAGAAAAAUCUAAAUAAACUGUGCUUAUGACAUUUUCA